UGUCAGCUGCAGCAUGCUUUGUUUUGCUCUGCAUAGUAGAGCAAUACAAAGCAGCAUAUUUAAAACAUAAAACACACACAGCACACAGUUAACACUUUGAUCUCCCCAGAUGUUAACCCCUUCUUGCCCAGUGUCAUCAGUACAGUGUCAGUGCUUUUUAUUAGCACUGAUCACUGUAUUAGUGUCACUGGGGAUAUCAGUGGCAGUUAGUCCGUGUCAGUUAGUGUUAGAAUGCCCGCCGCAGUCCCGCUAUAAGUCACUGAUCGCCGCCAUUACUAGUAUUCAAAAAAAAAAAAUUCCAGCAUAUAUAACGCCAUUUGUAGAUGCUAUAACUCUCAUGGAAAUUUAUUAAUUUA